UUUCUAAGACAGCAGAAACGAGUAUUUAUGUAAGGGUGAACAUUAUUUUGAACGUACUAAAAGUGAUUACUAAUUUGCAAGUAAGAUGUAGCUCCAUAUUCCUAAAAGGAACAUAAGUCUCGGGAUACUAGUUCAUAAACAUAAACCAAGUCAAUGAAAUAGAAUGAGGAGUACACAUGUUUAUGUGAAGACACGUGCUCUUUUAGGGAAGCAAUGCAUCUUUAAUAUUCAAAACCCGUAUAUUGAUGAAAUAAUUUCACCAGAGCCCUCAUUAUACGAUAAUUAUAUACUACAAAAUACCUGCCAUAAAUCUGUGCAAGUGUCAAAGCAAUUUUCUCUUCAUGAGGCUCAAACGGUAGGCAAAUCCUGCAAGAACAACGGAAUGUUUCAUUUUGAAGGCGGAUGGCCCAAGGAAAUUAAUCCAAGAGAUAAAGAAACCAUUGCGAGAUUUCGUAGACGCAUUGAAAAACAAGACCACUGGGCGCUAAGUAUGCGCAUUUUAUUUAGCAACGCUGAAAGUUACAUUCUUCAAAAUGGCGCUAUUAACGUUUAUGACCAUCACUUUAAUGAUAUGAUACCUACAGAAUUAGCGAGACCUCGAUAUUUACGAACGAUAAACGUCUACGCAGAUCCAGGCCCAACUCCCAGACCAGUGAAUAAUAUUUCUUGGUCACCCGAUUCUGUUACAAAAAUAGCAGUCACUUAUUAUUGCACAGAAUUUAGAAAAGUGGAAGAAUACAAUUUUGUAUCAUACAUUUGGAACAUAGAAAAUUCCAACCAACCCUGGACGGAACUGGAACCGAAAUGUCCUGCAGUGGUGACUGAAUUUAAUCCACGCGAUCCAUCCCUAUUAGCCAGCGGUUUAAUGUCUGGUCAAGUAUGUUUUUGGGAUAUAAGAACAGGAAAUGUUCCUAUUCAACAGAGUGACCUGCAAUUCAGUCAUAGGAGCCCAGCAAGUUGCCUGAAGUGGAUACUUUCGAAGGGCAGUUCUGAGUUCUUCACAGGUUCAUCAGACGGGAGAAUUAUGUGGUGGGAUAUACGGAAACUGCGUGAACCAACUGAAAUUUUGAUAAUUGAUCUCGAUAAUACUGAACAACCAAAAGUGCAGAGUGCCAUAGGUGUAACAUCUUUGAAUUACGACCCUUCCAUGGGGACCAAAUUUUUGUUGGGCACAGAAAAUGGAGUGAUUAUAAGUGGUUCAAGAAAAUCUACAACUCAUGCAAAUAAGUUGUCAUUGAAGUUCCAAGGCCACUACGGACCAGUUUAUAGCCUAGACCGUAACCCUUUUAACCCGAAAUAUAUUUUGUCAAUUGGAGAUUGGACAUCUCGCAUUUGGGUAGAAGAUACUAAAGAGGGAAACAUUGUUGCUACUCCGUACGUGAUACAAACAUUGAUGAAAUUUAUUUUGAUGAUAUUGGGGUUCCUCACUCAAAAAGGACAGUGUAAUUUGUGACCACCGGUUCCUCCCCUAGCGGACCAAACGAACGAAAA